UUUAAGCAACCCGCAAAAGGCGCUCUUUCGUAUUGCCCGAUAAUUUUUCGACCGCGCUGCUUGUGUUUUCGGUUCCCGUUGAAACAAAAAAAAAAAAAAAGAAAAUAAAAAAUAUAUAAAUAAAAAAAUGGAUGUAGGGCGAAAAAAGUUAAACCAUUUCAAGUAUACGAAAUACGCGAAUUUCGGAAACUAGAAAAUCAAUCUUUUAAGGUAGUUUAUUCAUCUCGCUCUCUCACUCUCCUCUGUGUGCGUGCGUGAGUGUGUGUGUGUGUAAAGGCCAAAGAGUGCCCUUCGCCUCCCCGGCCACGCCCCCUUGGGCGGAAUAAUAAAUUGGGAAAGAGAAUAUAUAUCUUGCUCCUUUAGAAUUUACCUGUGAAAGUGAAAACGUGACAACACGAUAAAACGGACGAAGCAAGCAAAACAAAAAACGAGUGCAUAAAAACAACGAAGGAGGAUAAGAAGAAGAACAAGUGCAGCAAAUCAGAGAAAAAAGAGAACGGAACAAGAACACAGAAAAAAGUAAAAAUAACCAACGAAGAAGGGCAAGGAAAACAAGAACAAAAACACCAGAUAUUGACAGACUCGAAAACGCCGACAAUUGCGAUUUGAUUCACACACAGCUAUGCUUUUGCAGUACUCGUGCUAAAACGUUUACUAUAAUGAAUUCCGCGCGGCACCAUCGUAUUGGAGUAUUUCUGUCUCCAUAACUUGGCCACCGUUUACACAAAAUUAAAACAUAAAUAUAAUAGUAGUAUUAUAUUUAGCCCGACUACAAGCCCAAACAAGACCCGCAAAUCGAUUGCCACACCGCGGACAGCAAAGCACUGCGAGGUAAAAAGCCAUCUAGUCAAACAGAGACAACGAAGGAGAGCCGCCAACUGCCUGGAGGGAGGAACGGAUCCGAGUGGACGCCAACCCGAAUCAAAACUUGACAGAGGACCCGGAUCCAGAGACCGCAAACCUGGCUAAGAAGAUGCCAUACCAUCGAGGCGGCGAUGCCUCUUCCCAGGCCGACAAGCUGAGCGGCAUCGUGGAGGAGAGCGAUCUGUACGAAGGGUUCGCCCCGCAUGUCGAGACGUCCGAGAUCAAAACCCUCGACUUCUACAAUUUACCAAAGCAAACGGGCAAGGAGCCGGCACUGCGCUCCUACACGGAAAUCCAACAGCUGCUGCAGCAGGGCAAGAAGCGCGACGUGAAGAACAUACUCAGGGAGAACUCGUGGCCCAUCAACUCCCCGAUCCGAGCCCAGCUAUGGCCGAUGUUGUGUGGCCAGCACCAGACCAAACAGCAAAUGCUAGACGGCUUCUACUGGGAGAUGGUUCACCAGGUCUUUGGCACCACGGAGCUGUCGGAGAAGCCGAUCAUGCUGCCCGCCUUUGUGGAUGCCACCCACUGUUUGCCCUACCACUUGACCAGCACGGGACGCGCCGUGGCCGAUCGCAUCGUGAAUGUCCUGGGCUACGACUGCCCCGAUAUUACCUACAGUCCAGUAUUGUAUCCCAUUACAUCGAUACUUUUGCAUUUCAUGUCGGAGGAGGAGGCGUACAUAUGUCUGGCCGGUCUGGUCGGUAGCAAGGAGAAGGUAUUCAUCAAUCAAACCAAACUACAGCACGAAGUCACCUGGAAGACGGUGAUGCAGAUAGCCAAAAAGCACACGAAAAGUGCUACUUCGUAUUUCCAACGUAUUUGCCCGGGCCUGAAGCUAGAACGCAUCUUCAUGGACUGGUGCUGGUGGAUUCUAGCCGGUCUACCCUUCCAGCAUCUGGUGCGGAUCAUGGACUGCUACUUCCACGAGGGCAUCAAGGUCCUGUACCGCGUGGCCCUCGUCAUACUCAACCUGUUUCACAAGGAGUGCCAGUCGAACAACGAAUGGAGUCCGGACAACAUUAAAAACGACAUUGGCAACGCUUUGAUCAAGUUCUGCAAGAAGAUACCAGUGUCGCCGGCGAAAUUGCUCCAUGCCGCGUUUAGUAUUAGGGGACUGAGUACCCAGUAUAUUUCUAGAAUAUUUAUCAAGACUGAAAUGCUACUAAAAAGCCGCUCCGUGCUCACCAGCGGUUCGAAGCAAUUAAUCAAAUCGCGUUCAAGUGAUAAUCUGCCCACUAGUCAGUCGCAGGUCAACAUCCAAAUGAUGUCCCACACCCUGACCAUCCGGGAGAAGCUGCACUCCGAGAGCUGUCGCAAUUUGGGUGAAAAAUCGCCCGGUCAUAGAGCCAUCGCGAUGGGCGUUUAUCCCAUACACAAUCUGAAAAGUCAAGCUUGUAAGAACGAAGAUCAUUUUGGUUUGCCGGGCACAAAGAAUUUCAUAAAAACCUGGACGGAUAGACAAUUUCUGUUCACGCUGUGGUCCUGGCUGCCCGUGCGGAUAACAAUGUACCAACCGGUGCUGCUCUACACCACGGAGGAGCACGGCUGCUCACUGACCACGUUCUACGUUCGGGUGGAGCAGCAUGAACCCACGCUGCUCAUGAUCAAGACGUGCAAUAAUGAGGUAUUCGGUGCCUACUGCUCUUCGCGCUGGUUUGAAAGAAAUGUGAAAGAUGACAAGGGCCAGCGACAGGCCUACUUCGGUACGGGCGAAACCUUUUUGUUCUCCCUAUAUCCAGAAAGAGCCAAGUACCCAUGGGUGGGCAUUGAGGGCGACAAGGACCUGGGACACAGCUCCGAGCUGUUUAUGGCGGCCGACUCCAAGAUGAUCACGAUUGGUGGCGGCGAGGGACAGGCCAUCUGGAUGGACGAGAACAUUCGUUUCGGAAAGACGGACAGCUGCAAGACCUUCAACAAUCCGCCGCUGUGUCCGUCGGGCGACUUCGAGAUCCGUGUGCUGGAAGUCUACGGAUUCGUGGGCAUCUAAAAACCUUCUUAGUCUGACCGAUAUUGCCCGCCGAUGAUCAAGUGCUCAGCAAACUGCUCGACGUUCCCCCCGCGUUUCCUUAACCAACUCAAACACCUACAGAUUGCUUUCGUUUCCGCCCAUUAUUGGCGUAUGCUGAUGGUACCAAGAUGAGAUAAUGUGUAAACAUUUAUAAAAGCUUAUUUAUAAAACUGUAUCGAAAGUGGCCAAGCAGCUGUAAAUGCUGCCGUCGUCGUGUUAAUGUUAAAUGUUAAUGAAAAAAUGCAAAGCUAAAACAAAUUAUAUAUUAUAUAAUGGAAAUACUCUGUGAGUUCAUGUUUCAAAA